GGAAGUUUCCUGCAUGUGCGCCGCUGCAACACAGUAACAGGUUGAGGCGGGCAGAAGUCUGGAAGGAAGGUUGUUGCGGCCGGAGCCCUUCUGCGAUGGCGAGGAGAGUUUUAUACCCGAUCUAUCAGAUGGGAAACCCUCAGCUCAGGGUGUUCCGACCCAAUUUCUCCAUGACUCUGGUGCGGCCCGGCAAGGAGCAGCCCCCCGACACGGUGCAGUUUCGCAUCUCCAUGGAGAUGACCAAGUGCGACGUGAAGAACUACCUGGAGAAGAUCUACAGCGUGCCGGUAGCGGCUGUGCGGACCAGGAUCCAGUACUGCACCAACAAGAAGAGGAAUCACUUAAACCAGCGGGUGAAGAGGCCCGAUUACAAAGUGGCGUAUGUUCAGCUGGCCCAGCAGCAGACCUUUCAGUUCCCAGACAUAUUUCCCAAGAAGGAGAGCCAGCCUGAAGAGGGUUCCAUGGAGGCCAUACAGGAAAAGUUCAUGGAGGAUGAGCAGCAGAGGCAGAAGCCGGACCCCCGCCGAGGUGGCGUUCCUGAGUGGUUUGGGAUUUAGAGGGGAGGGUCACCUGAAAGGCAGGACUGUGCUUGAGUUUGUGUGUGGGUAUCUGUGCGGGAGAGAAAACGGACUGAAGCACCCCGACCACUACUGCACAGCGCCCCUUCAAAGCCCCAAUCCAGAGGAGAACCCCUCACCACCUCCAUAACCUCAAAUGACCCCCGGAGGAACGUCUGCAGACCGCAUAUCAGUUCGUGCAUCUCCGCAGCAGUCUGUGACCAAAUUCCAGGCCGUUUCAUUUAAAUUGGCCUCCUUUGUGUGUGUCUGUGUUGGUUUUUUUUUUUUUUUUUUCCCCCCCCUUCCCUGCUCUAUAAAGAACAUGACUGGGAGAAAGUCCAGCUCAGGUGCAGAGAAGUUACAGAUAUACUUUUCGGGUUUUUUUUUUUUGGUUUGUCUUUAGACAGUAA